GACGUCAUGCCCAUGACAACCACAGCGCUUCCUGUGCGAGCUGCACUCUAGGUGUUCACUCAGAGGCUGUGGCAGAAAGUCUGGCACAAAGUUUCUUCGGGUGGCAUCAUGAUGCCGAGGAAGCGACACGUCUUUCUGCUGUGGCUGUUUGUCUGCUCCAGCAUGACAGAGGCCAUAGAGCCCAUCAGUACGACCAUAGCGGUCGGCAUGGCUGCGGCUCUCACGGGGUUUUUAGCUAGCUACCAAAAUAUUUUCUAUUACUUCCACGAGUGCUGUCGACCAGAGUGGAUUUCUUUAAACAAAACAGGUCUAAGAACCGACCUGGAAGAAAAGCUUUUUGGACAGCACAUUGCGUCCCGCAUCAUUUUAAAGGCCGUGAACGGAUUCAUGAACAAUGAAAGCCCGAAGAAGCCCCUGGUGCUCUCUCUGCACGGCUGGACCGGGACCGGAAAGAACUUUGUUAGCAAGCUUAUUGCUGAGAACAUUUACAAAGAGGGCCUGAACAGCAAGUUUGUGCACGUGUUCGCCUCCACUCUUCACUUCCCGCAUCAGGGUCAACUUGCCACCUACAAGUCGCAGUUACAGCAUUGGAUCAAAGGCAACGUCUCCAACUGUGAGCGCUCCAUGUUCAUCUUUGACGAGAUGGACAAGAUGCACCCCGGUCUGAUCGACAGCAUCAAGCCAUACCUGGACUACUACGACAAGCUGGAGGGGGUGUCUUACCGGAAAUCAAUCUUCAUUUUCCUAAGUAACGCUGGAGGGGACAGCAUCAUACAGACGGCUUUAGAUUUCUGGAGAGCCGGAAGGAGUCGAGACGAGAUCGAGCUGAAGGAUUUGGAGACAUCCCUCUCACUGUCUGUCUUCAACAACCAAAAAAGUGCGUGUGGCUUCUUUCACACCAGCCUGAUCGAUAAGAACCUGGUGGACUUCUUCGUCCCGUUCCUGCCUCUGGAGUACCAGCACGUGGUCCAGUGCACCAUGUCCGAAAUGAAACACAGAGACCAGAAGCCUGACCGCGACGUGGCCGACCAGGUGGCCAGAGAUCUGGUCUAUUUCCCCAAAUCUGAGAGGGUGUUCUCCGUCAAAGGCUGCAAGACGAUAGAGAGCAAACUGGACUACUAUACAUAAUGUCAACAUCUGGAAGACCUGAUGUGUAGUCACUAUGUGCACUUUUUUUAAAAAGAACAAAAAGAAAAGAAAAGAAAGGAACUCUCGCAGCCAGAUGACUAAAGACUUAAGAGGACUCUGUUUGACCGUGUGGCCAUCGACAUGAUAUCAGGAGGCCCUCUCCAGUGCUGCGUCUCACUUACACUGAAGGACGGCCGACGAAGAGCUCAGCGCCAGCUGAAUGAAAAAUUAAACCGAUUGGAACACAGUCCUUUAAGCUUAAGGAACUUUACGUCUACUUUCCUAUCACAAACGUCUCUUAGGUGGUUUGGCUUUUCUGACAGCUGUUGAAACUCUUUCUUUUUUCUUAACGUGCGCUGCACGAACGGGACUCCCGGGAAGCCACCGCCUUAACGCUUCUUUUCAGAACUUUUGUAUUUGUUUUUACAGACAUGCAGGCAGAGCUGAUCAUGGAAAACUCAUAAAAAGCUUCUAAAAUGUGCCAUAUGUCAUGAAAUAUUGCAAAUUGUUAGCUCGUGGGGGGGAAUAUGACAGGACCUUAAUGAUCCUCUUACACUCGAGUUGAGAUGACUCAACUUUGUACAUGUUUAAGGAAAAAAAAAAAAGCUUUUUAAUUGGAUUGUACCCGACUGUUAGAUUAUGAUUUUAAGUUUUUUUUUAAUGUAAUUUUCAGUAUCCGAUGUGGAACUUUAAUGCUCCGUCGGUUUGUCGUCAUCUCAGUUUGCCGUUUGGUUCUGAAAGCCCCAUAAAACAACAUGAAAGCCUGUAGAAAUGCUCCCGGUUACCUCAAAACUGUGAACUGUCACCAUUAUUGUGGAUGUAAAGCUGACAUUGGCAAAUUUCAUGGCUGUAAGCACCACCAGAAGCGCCAACAGUGAAUUAAAAGAGAUGGACUUUUCUUGGUGUCACUGUUUCUGCACCGCAAAGCGGAGCUCCCUUGGUCCCGACUGUUUGGGCCACGCGUGCCAGCGUCUUUAGAAAAGUGCAGGUGAUGAAAGAGCUUGGCCUGGAAAAGGAGUUGUGCAAUGUUCAAACAGCUGGCAGAGCGUGCACAUCUGUGCAAAGUGCAAUGUGAUUUCAAAUCCAGAGGCGUAUCAAACAGCUGGUCAGGACCUGCUGCAGGCAGGCUCACAGUUUAGAAAGUUCAACAUUCAUUUGAAUCACACCAGCUGAUCUCAGGUUGAAGGCCGUUCCAUUUGUAAGUUUGAACACCGAAGUUUGCACCGAAUGCCAAAAGCAGGAAAAGGAAGAUGCUCGUUUAUGAAAUCCUGGUAAAUGUUUGUGUAAGAGGUCACGCCCUUUCCAGCAUGGUCAGAUAAGUGUGAUUAUGUUGUUGGCACAGACUGAGUAGGGCUGUGGAUUUUCUUUUUCUUUUCAGUCUAAUAUUACAGA